GUCCUCCCUACUGUCACCAUAUAUUUUUUAUUCAGUAUCCUUAGGGUUGACCAUGUCAGAUGGGACCAGCGAGCUCAAGGUCACAUCUCAGCUUGACGCCAUCGAAGCCGCCGACUUUGAGCCAAUCAAAGGCAAAAAGAUAUUCUUUGCCCCUUCUGGAAAUGAACAAACAUUUAUCGACCACGACUGCAAGCUGGAUGAUGAUGGAUAUCCAAUAUAUCCUAAUCGACAGACAGUUUUUGUCAAAACCCCAGAUAUGGUGGUCCGCAACUUUGGAUUUGUUGGAUUCACAAAGACCUCAAACGUCGAAUGGCGAGCGGAUAGAUCUUGGAAAAUGGUCCGAAUUUCCUGUCUUGGGGCCUUGAUUUGCAAUGAGCCCGGAUGCCAGUGGGUAGGGUCACCGCCCACUGCCAAGGAUGCAAUAAAGGAAUACUUACAGACGCAACCCACCAGAAAUCCCAAAUGCCCGGGUGCUGCUGGAAAAUGUCCUGGGAAAGUUGCACACCAAGCCUGCAACAACACUAUGACCCGGUUUGAUGAAAACAAACUGACAAAUUGGGCGAUUCUCCGACACCAUGGCAUCCACCACCACCCAUGGCCAGCUCCAAAGAAGCCGGACCCUCUGUCGAAGCUCAAGCUGAAAAAUGAAAUCAUGAAAAAUCCAACUGCUGGUGCUUUCAAACUCAAAUUAGGCAAACCCACCGCUCCGUUGAACCCAUUUGAAAGUGUGACCAAGAUUCAUGAUUCCUUUGUGAAUAGUGAUCGAGUGCGUUACCAUCGCCGUCUUAUCCUAACCGACCUUGGUAUCAACCCCCACAAGGGGGGUGCUGGGCUAGGUGAUAAAUUUCUGCUGGAUAUGUUCCAAUGGAACCAUGUGGGUCUCCUAAUUAUCUCAUCAUCUUUCAAACCGGGAAUCGAGCACUUCACAUUUCAAACAAAGUGGAUGGCUGAACGUUUGGUUAGCCGCGAUCACAACAACGAGGUUUACGGUGGCGGUCUCCUGUCAGAUGUCACAUACAGACUAUUUGAGACUGGCUAUUUGUUAUCUACAUCCAUGUUCUGCGAGGAGACGGCUCGCUGGAUCCCGGUUCAACUCUCCUGGAUCCGAGGUCUUAGCGCUGAAUACUACCAAGCACACUUUUCAACACUCUUCGAGCAGUUCGAUCGGCCUGGAUUCACGGUGAACGAUCGUGACACCCUUGUUCGACAAGUGGUGGAUUUCUCCCUUGCUCAGAGGGAGGGAUUCAUAUCGGCUUACAUGAAAGUAUUCCGGGUUACGGAUCGACAACAGGCCCUGUCAAAGCUGAAGGGGUGCCAUGAGCACUUCCGAGCUCAAGUUACCCGUGUGAAACGAAAUCGGGCAGUAGUCCCACCUGAACAAGAGGCUCAAUUCCAAAAACUUUGUCUGGAUCUUUUGAUUUUACCCGAGGCAGGUAAGCCAUGUCACGAGCAGAAGAUUGAUGAACUCCGACGACUCUUCCCAAAGACCAAACGAUGGUUGGAUUGGUGGACCAUGGUUGAUAUCGAAGCAAUUCUCUUUCCAUCCAAACGUGCAAUGAUCACUGAGUCGGCAAACGGCAAGGACAACCUCCCCGAUACCACAAAUGCCCAAGAGAGUAUGCACAGGUUGUACUAUAUGAUUAGUGAAGGCAAGAAGUGUCUGUUGAUUGGCAUGGCAGAGCUUUUUGCAUUUGUCAAGGCCCUCGAGGAUGACUGGCAUGCAGUCAUGAGGGGAGUAUCGAUCGAAUACGGCGCAAAGAAUAAGUCUCAACAGGACCUAGCUAUCUCAAUCGGCUGGCAGAAACCACCCAAGCGCAACCCGGCCAACCGAAAGAAAGUUGAACUUAACGAUGGUCGGGCCCCUGACACCACAGCCACUCUGCUUCCUCAGCCAAAGAAUGUUGGCGGCCGUCCGAAAAAUUCUCACAAUCUAAUCAAAGAUCCAUUCUCAACAUACAUCUCGUACUCUGCAUCACAGGAUUCAGCUAAAAAAAACCGCUGCUGGUUGGCUGCAGCGCUGGAAAGUCUGUAUGCCAUGUUCAAUCCGCUAUGGCUUUGUGGGACAAAUGGCCUGAAAUCCGAUAUCUUCACCACACUUGUCAAACAUUUCAAUUCCAGAAGCUCCUGGGAAUUGUCGCUAUCAGGUCACAUUCGGUCUUUCUUAUCAAUCGGCCAAAACUCCUUACAUGCUGCUGCUAACAAAAUAUCGCCAGGUUGUUUCAACCCUGGUGUGUUUUGCUCAGCUGAUCUGUUCAUCGACCUUCUCAUCGAUCCCCACAUUAGGAAGCAAUCAAAAACGAUCUAUCCUCCUCGAGACCUCUUUACAGUGACUGAAGUGCGCACAGCUACUUGUGAACUUCAGCCAGAGGUUGACCAAGUACAUCCUCGUGGGGUUCGAGAAGUGACUGUCCUACGAAUUCAGAAAGAAACAUUCGAUUCAGCAAAUAUCGAACCAUUUUCGGUCCAACAGUUGAUUUCGGUGUGGACUACGGAUGGCAUCUCUUCAGUAUCGGGUCUGUGCUGCAAGUUAUGCCCUUCAACGAAGAAGCAAGAAGAGCCUCACCACAUCGUCGAACGGUCGGUCUUCACAGUUGAAAAUGGUGGGCCACCCCAGCACUUGUACUUGUUGGUUCAGGUGUCAUCAAUAUUCGACGAGGCUGAUCAGCAAACAUUCAUGGCGGGAUUGGAUUUCCCUUUCCAGUUGGAGUUCCAUGGGGUCUCAUACACCCUGUUCUCUCGAGGCUUCUGGAAUGGGGUUCAUUAUUGGUCCAAGAUGCUCAAGAACAUCGGGGGGAUCUCAGGCGUUUGGAUCCACGACGACCGAGAGAAUGGAGGUAUUGCGCGGCUGAUCAGUCCCGAUCAUACGACCAUUGCUGGACUUGCUGCCCACACCAGCUGGGUGUUUUACUCAAGACCUUGGAAUCGCAGCGAGGAGAAAUUUGUAGAAGAUAGCAUUGCCAAGAUCACCCAGGAUAACAAGGGCGCUCCAGGAACGAUGCCAUUUGCCCAUCUGGGUCAGCUCCUGAGCCUCUCACCAAAUCGACUACUUCCCGCGACAGAAUAUACAAGCACAGCAAUGUCGGCGGGUUCCACAGUUUCAAAAGGAGAUCCUAGUGCCUCAUUUACGGCAGACCCCCCUGAAGAUCUUAAACGCGAAGUGUCCGGCCUGGAGGAUGUUAAACGCAAAGCGUCCGGCGAAUUCAAGAUCCGAUUGAAAGUUUUGAAGCCUAGCAACCCAAGACAGCCGACUGAACAAGAUAAUAAUCACACCAAGCUGAAAAAUGCCGAUCAAAAACAGCCGGGCAAAUGCGAGGUUAAGAAGGUUGGAGAGUCGAAGAGUAAAACUAGCGUCGCAAAAGCAAAGGUGAUCAAGCCAACACGCUCAGCCACUCGAGCAAGUACCCGAAAAGCCUUGCAAAAUUGACCAUGGGAGGAUAGGCACGCAAACGGGUGUCUUUUCUUUGCUUUUAUAUUUUUUUUGUGAUAGCAUCGUUUCCCUUGUAAAAGUCUGGAUGCCUUGUAAAAAUCUCAUGGGGCUCCCGCCAUGGGCGUUUUUACGUUGCUAGCGAAUGAAAAAAUACAUGCCUUGUGAAGCAUCCUUGGGAAUUCUGGUGCUUUUGGGCCUGAGGUUCUUUUUAACA